UCGGAAUAAGUUUCUCCUUGCGAGGGAGCCGACGCUCAUCUCUCCAAUCUCGUCUUCCUCUUCUAUUUUUUUUGGUGCUUCCUCCGCUUCCUCUCCCUUUUCUUCUUCUUCUCGAUCCGUGGCGACCGACCACCGCUUUGCCCAAAUCCGGAGCCAUCUGUGAGAGUUAUAGCUUCGCCUCCAGCCGAGAGCUGGUCGCGGGUCCGAGCCCUAGCUCUCCUUGAUUCCUCUAGUUGUUGGGAAUGAGAAGCAAAUCCCAGUCCUCCUCCGUUCUUUGUGCUUCUAUCCAGAUAUAUGUCUUCCUGUUACACAUGGUGCCAUAAGCAUGCUAGUAUGGACAAGAUGCAGCCUGUAGUUUUAGGUUGCAGAUUUUAUGAGGCAUUCUGUUACUAUUUUCAAACCCUAUUCUGCAGCACGUCAAGUUACAUCACAGUUCAGCACAUAUACAUCUUUUAAAAGAUCUCAGAAAAUAGAGCACAAAGGUCUUGCUAAGGCCUUGAAAAUUUUGGAUCUUGUAUUCCCCAAAACCAGUAAGGAUGAAGGAGAUGCAUGCCAUCAUCGCCUCAUACAAGGUUGCAUGCAGGAUAUUCUGGAAGUUGGUCAAAGAAGCCGCUUGAUACCUGGUAAAAUCACUAAGCAUAGUAAGUCAACUGAUCUGAUUCAAAUUGUCCCUGACAAGAGUCCUCUGAGUAAUGAUUCUGCAUGUUGGAGGACUAUUUCAUCAAAGGAGGGGCCUUUCUUGUUGUUUCUUGAAUUACACAAGAGAGGAAUUAACAUGGAUGUGUCUAUAUUUUCUUCUAUUAUGAGCAUCUGUGCAUCUACAGGGGCUCUUGACACAGGGGUGCAGCUUCAUGCUCUCUUAGUGAAAAGGGGUUAUGAUAUGUCUACACCUAUUGGGAGUUCAUUGAUCAGUUUAUAUUCCAAGUGUAGGCAACUAGCCAAUGCAUAUCAAGUUUUUCAGAUGAUGCCUUUGAGGAACACUGUCUCAUGGACUGCAAUAAUUGCAGGUUAUGCUCAGCAUUGGCAAAUUGAGACCUGUCUAUAUCUAUUUGUUUUGAUGAGACAUUCCACAUCAAAACCAAAUGAUGUCACAUUUGCAAGCCUCCUGAGUGCAUGCACCAGCAGUGGAUAUCUUGGGCUUGGAAGAAGUGUUCAUUGUCUAGAAAUAAGAAUGGGUUUUGAUUUGUAUGUCCAUGUUUCCAAUGCACUGAUAUCUAUGUAUUCUAAGUGUGGAAGUAUUGAUGAAGCUCAAUAUGUCUUUCAGAAAAUUCCAUGCAGAGAUCUAAUAUCAUGGAACUCCAUGAUUUCCGGAUAUGCUCAGUAUGGGCUUGCUGAGCAGGCAGUGGAUUUGCUGAAAAAAAUGGAUAAAGAGAGCAUAGUACCUGAUUCCAUCUCUUUCCUUGGUGUUCUUUCCUCAUGCCGGCAUGCUGGCCUUGUAGAACUAGGCCACCAUUGCUUCGAUUUAAUGCUUGAGCAUGGGAUAAAACCAGAAUUAGACCAUUACUCUUGCAUCACAGAUCUUCUUGGCCGUGCUGGAAUGCUUGAAGAGGCACUAGAUUUCAUUAAGAGAAUGCCCAUAUCCCCAAAUGCUGUUAUAUGGGGCUCACUUCUUUCAUCUUGCAGGGUUCAUGGAAAUGUUUGGAUUGGGAUUCAUGCUGCUGAGAGUCGGAUUUUGUUGGAACCAGGCUGUGCCGCAACCUAUGUUCAGCUAGCGAAUCUGUAUGCUAGUGUAGGUUAUUGGAAUCAUGUAGCAAAAGUUCGGAAGUUGAUGAAGGAGAGAGGGCUGAAGACAAGCCCUGGAUACAGUUGGAUAGAAAUUGGUAGUAAGAUUUACAGGUUUAAAGCAGAAGACAGAUCAAACAAUCAAAUAAGUGAUAUCCUGACCAUCUUGAAUUCUUUGGCAUGUCACAUGGAAUAUUUGGGCUAUAUGCCUACAGUUGACUUUGAUCUUAGUUAAUAAAGGAAUUUCUCCAUGAAUAUGCUGCAAAUUGUUUUCAUUCACAUGCGUUGCAUUGUGGAAGGCAAAUACCAAUGUGCGUAUUCUGCUUCUGCUCUAUCAAACUAUGCCAUUCAAGAUGCCAUCUGUUAUUACCUAUGUGAAAUGUUAAACUAUCUUAUGUAAAAGUCCAUUAUAAUCCAUUUGUGGUGAAAAGUCUUUAUAUAAUCACUUUUCUCUCAUAAGCCUGACGUUGGAUUUUGAUAUCGGAAAGAGCCGUAGAAGAAGAUAAGUUGAUGCAAGAUUUUUCCCAGACAAAGUUACCAGAUACUGCGGAAGUAAUGUUACGAUUGGUGACUUCUUUUGACUCACAUGUCGACAGCAUCCAACUAUUAUUGCUCAACAGUUAUGUGACAAGGAAAAGCAUGCUAUUCACCCAGUUUUCUAUAUAGGAAAGCUUCGUGAAUCAUUGACAGCUUCCAUGUUUGUGUUGAAUUAAAUGAGCUGAAAGGAAAUGAAGCUAUCAGCAUCUCAGAGCAUGAUAAGUCUUUUAAGCACGCAUGGUAGGAUUCUACAAGAAUAGCAUGUAAAAAAUGUAAAAACGACAUGGAAAUUCAAUUCACAGUUGAUAUGGUUGAUAGAGAUACUGAUGCUGUGCUAAUGGGAAUGGUGAUGAGAGAUGAUAUGGACACGCUGAAGGAGUUUUGGCAGACACUUUGCACAAGGAAGAUAUGCAUGCAAAUUCUAGUGAAAAUGCCUCUGUAUCAAACCAUUAACUUUUUAAUAAUGCCUCAGGGACAAGCAACUUCCUGAAUUAAAACAUUGCCUUCUUUGUAUUGACUUCUAGGGGAAUUAUGAAUGUUUCUUCCUUGAGUGCUGUACUAACUGACCUUUGAGGCUUGUUUACUGGCUCUCGCCUAAAGUUCUCUGAUCAUGAACUUGGGACCAAACAUUAAAGGAUUGAUAAAUUGCGAGCCAGUCAUGAAAUGACCUUGAAUAUCGACAAGAAGACCCUGCAUAGAAAGGAUAAGCCUUGCUAAUUCAGUUGCCUUGUUAUUUCUGCUGUCCAAAAAAGUGAUUGCUUAUGGGGAAAUAGCUUUCUGACAAGCUAAGCUGCUAAAGUGUCUUUUCAGGACUAACCUUGAGGGUGAUACUAUAAUCAACACCCGCAUGCAUAUUGGUGCUACCUAUCCUGGAACUUGUGAGACAACCAAGGAGAUGAUAGCUGAUGCAAAGUUGGCAGGUACUCUGAAUUACUAAUUAUAUUUACUUCAUGCAGUCAUGGUUCUGCUAGUAAGUGGCUUGUAUUCUUGUAAUAAUGUUUGCUACCUGGAUAUUCACAUUGCACAAUCUCUUCAAUGCCAACAAACUGUUUCAUCUCUCCAGGAUAGAUGCCAGUCGAGUUGAACAGAAUUUCUUGCUUUUUAUGCAAGAUAUGCUCGAAAACUGUUCUUGUUA